ACUACAUUAAGAAUUGUAUUGAAAUAUAUAUUAAAAACAAGUAGAAAGACAUCAAGAAUCCACAUAUUAAAACAAGUUAAGAAAUGUGUUUUCCUCUCCCUUCUUGUUGCGUGUGUGUCUCCCUCUGUCUGUCAGUGUUGUCUCAGAUUGGCCAGGGCUGACCUACUUUCUGAUCAUCAGCCAGGCUCCUCUCACCUGCUGCUCGAUGCACCUGUGGUCCAUCUACACUAAUCACCAGAUCUUAAACCUCACUCACUCAGAACUGUUCCUGCCCCACUGAAGUCCCAGUUACAAAUACAGGCCACUCUCUACAUGGACGAACCGCUUCUUCCAUUACUCGCCCUCCUUGAUUCUGGGGCGGAGUGUGAUUCUUUGGACCACCAACACUUUGUCCAAACUGGGGUGAAGCUUGAACUGCUGGAAGACCUUAUUACAGCUCUCGCCCUUAAUGGUAGUCUCCUGGCUAAGAUGCUCCUGAUACCCCCCUGGUUCUGGGUAAACCAUGCGUAUGCAGAGUUCCAAUGGAUUACAAACCAGAACCUUCCCAACACAUUCUACACUGAGCUUGACGACCAUCUUCCUGGACGGAUGACUUUAUUCAGACAGAAGGUGUGCAAAACUGGGAAGACAACAGAAGCUGUGGCAGAAAGUUUAAGAAUCCACAAUGAACAGGAAUUACAUGACAUCGACACCAGGCGUACCGCUGUUCUCCAUGUUCUUCCUGUGCAUCUGUGCAAGGAAGUCUUGAUUUUUCAGAACCUGCAUAUAGGAACGGUCCCAGCCCACUGGUUUAGGGUUCUGAUGACCCCCACCUUGUGUUCUAGUGGAGAGGAGAGCCAAACAGCAAAUUCAAAAGAGCAAAAGGUUGUUUGCAGCAUUUUCAACGGCGCAGACGCCGAAAGCAGAAUGGUAGAGAUUGAGGAAAGCUGGUGUAAUGGAAAGGUGCUGCCAAGGCAAGAAGGACUGCAAUCACCAUCCUUUGCCAAUGGCAGGUUUUAUCCAGGCGGAUUUCCAUGGAUUUCCAUGAUAUUUGGUUCAUAUACAAGGUGUCUAGAGAAUGAAUCCGAAAGAGUUUGGUGAUCAGUUCACCUCUCCUCUUGCUCCACCUGUUGGUCAGUGGUUUCACUUAUACAACUAAGAAUCUUGGCAACAACUUUAUGGAUUGGCACAGAAUUUGGUACCAACAUUCACUGUUCCAUGAGGAAAUAUCUUCAGUGAAUUAGGUAAUCCCCUCCCUUUUCCGUGUGUGUUUUCACACGGAAAUAGCUCAACAACUAUUGGACAGAAUGUGUCUUGAGACAUAUUAAUAAAAAUCAAACAUUGUCAUUAUUAUUUGAGGAUAUUUCACUGUGUGUAGCAUGCAGCUGAGGAGUCACUGGUUGUUUCCACUUGGCUCAGCUCUAAUGGGAAAACAGAUAUGGGAAAUUAGUCUGAUUCUAGAGACAAGGACAAAAAGUGUUCCUCUCUUUAUUGCUGUCAUGUCUCACUUCAUAAGAAUGAGGUGGUUUCAUGCCAAACACCUUAUUCUUGUAGCCAAGAUGAUCCAUAAAUUAAUAAAACCUGACUGGUUAUUGCUAGGAGGAAGAGAGAAUGAGAGGGGGAGAGAAAGAUGCAGAGAGAGGGAAUGUGAAGGGCUGUACAGUGAACAAUCUCUGGAUAAUUAACAGGAAGAUAAACAAAACAUAAAUUUGGAUAUUGCAUUUAUUUGGACUACCACUCAAAUAUGCGUGAAACACGUUAUUUUAAUUAAAAGAUAAAUCUAUGUGACAUGCUGCUUCCCAGUUAAUUAUUCAGUGCUGUACAAUAAAAACAAAACCCAUUAAAUAUGCCACGCACUCUAUUUCUCCAUUAACAGUAAAAAGCGCUCAUCCUGGGGACAACAUUUCAAAUUCAGCUGCUGGUUUGGCUUCUUCCCCAUUUUUUUUGUCCUUUCAUUGCAGAUUUUUUGCCCCCCACUAUUUUCCCUUGCUUUGCAUUUACAUUGCUCCUCAAAUCUUAGAAUUGCAAAACACUAAAAUGUAAGCAGUCACUGCUUUUGAAAUGUGUGUAAGGUAUCCAUUACAAACAGAACUCUUUCAACAGCAGCUCUACACAACAAACUCUAAUCUUUACAUUUUAAAUCUCAGGGUUACUCGUUCAAUUGGAUGUGUUGACGCUGUUAUUAAAAAUAGAUAAAUAAAUGACCAAACUAUUGGAAAAAAAAAUCAGAUCGCUCAAAGUUUUCAAGUGUA